CGCUGAAGAUGGCGGCGCCCGACGAGUUGUUUUGCUGGGAAGGAGACUGGGGUUUACCGUCCGUCAACACCGACUGUCUGGUGGUUCUGGCCUACGCUCAGUUUGCAGGAGCUCCUCUCAAACUCAGAAAGAUCUCCAACCCCUGGAGGAGUCCCAGCGGAUCACUUCCUGCUCUGAGGACCAAUCAGAAGGAGACUCUGUCCAGGCCUUCUGACAUCAUCAUCCACCUCAGAAAACAGAAAUUCAAUGCGGACUAUGAUCUGUCAGCCAAAGAGGGAGCCGACAGCCUGGCCUUCAUCUCUCUGCUGGAGGAGAAACUCAAACCUGCUCUGAUCUACGCCUUCUGGAUCGAGCCGAAGAACUACGUGGACGUGACUCGCCGCUGGUACGCAGAGCACAUGCCGUUCCCCCUGAACUUCUUCCUGCCCGGACGAAUGCAACGCAACCAGCUGGAGAAGCUGCGACUGCUGCGCGGGAACGAGAGCCUGGAGGCCGGAGAGGAGCUGGAGAAGGAGCUGUACUCUGAUGCUGCAGAGUGUAUGAACCUGCUGUCUCAACGCCUCGGUUCACAGAAGUUCUUCUUCGGCGACUCGCCUUCGUCUCUGGACGCCUACGUGUUUGGUCAUUUAGCGCCCAUCCUCAAGUCCAAACUGCCCAACGGGAAACUGCAGCAGCACCUGAAAUCUCUGGACAACCUGACCAACUUCUGCACCAACAUCCUGCUGCUCUACUUCCCCAGAGACGGCAGAGACGGCUCCAGUCAGAAGACGUUCUCUCAGCCUGAAGGCGGAGACUUUGAUCACGUCCCCAACAAGCGGAGGAAGCAGUUCCUGUCGGCUCUGGUGGCUCUGGGCGCCAUGCUGAGCUACGCCCUGUUGACCGGCAUGGUGUCCAUCCAGCACGUCCAGCAGGAGGCGCUGGAGGCGCCGCCAGACCUGGAGCCCAUCGGAUCCCACGAGGAGGAGGAGGGAGACGGCUGAGGAGCCACGAUGGGACUGAAGGGAAAACUGUCCAGGAUGAGAUCCAGAUGUUAUCAGAAAAUAAUAAUCUGUUUGUCCCUCCGAAGAGUUUUUACUGUCACCAAAGAAAACACGGAGACGAACGCACCGGAUUCAAAAGAUUCACAGUAAAACCGUGAACUCAGCAGGACUCCAGCUCGAUGCUGCUGCUGCUUGAUGUACAGAAAUGAAUUAAAAGAUAAUUCUCUGGAUUUCUUUAAGAUUUUUGUUUCACUUUUAUUCAUUUUUAAAUGUUCUUUCAGGAGGAAACAAGGAUCUGCUUUUUCCUUUAAUAAAGGCAUUGUGAUUAUUUUUUAUUUAGGUUUUGUGUUUCAGAGCCUCCCAGAUGCUUAAUGUUGAUGUUUUAAACAGUUUCUGCCUUGAACACAGUGAUCUCCAACCACAGACCAACCAAUAAAUCUAUAGAUGA